CGGGCAGUCGGAGGGCGCAGGGUCUUCGAUCAUUGUUGUUAACGAUCAUGGAAAUGGCGAGGUGGAUGCGUAUUAUUUUUACUUUUAUGCGUGAGUUGGUUGGUCUCUUCCUGGAUAUCUCUUUCGUACUCAUGCUCGAAUAACUAGGUAUAACCAGGGAAAUACCGUUUUGGGAAUGGAGUUUGGGGACCAUGCUGGCGAUUGGGAGCAUAACAUGGUUCGAUUCCAGAAUGGAACGCCACAAGCCCUUUGGUACAGCCAGCAUGCCGGUGGACAAGCUUUCACCUACGAGGCAACCGAAAAACAAGGGAACCGACCGAUCGCGUACUCGGCGAACGGGACACAUGCCGUCUACUCGAUCGCUGGUGACCAUGACCACACAAUCCCUCACCUGAAUCUUCCGGCCGGGUUUGUCGUCGAUUACACUGACCAAGGCACGCUUUGGGAUCCUAUCCUCAACGCCUAUGCAUAUAGUUAUGCUCCAGCCACCCAAACGUUCCAGCCCUACGACCCAAGCCACCCAGUCAACUGGCUGUACUUCAACGGCCAGUGGGGGGACGAUGCGCUGCCCGGCGGUCCAGAAUUAUUCGGCGAGGCCAAGUACAGUGCAGGCCCGAACGGUCCGAAAUUCAAGGGGCUUACUCGAACGAAUGUUUGUCCGGAUGGGUAUGAUCCCUGUAUUGUUCUUUCGUUUCGGACUUGGAAAUAGUUAGUAGAUAGUUUGGGAUGAACUUGCCCUGUCACCCUUUUUUUUUGGCUCUAGCUCUGAGGUUGUUACACAGUCCAGGCCAGAUUGGUUUGGUGGGGACUAAGGGGGGGGUAAUUUCCGUGAGAUGGAUGGAUAGAAACACAUACUCCGAAUUUUGG